AUGACUAAAGACCGCAAUCGGACUGACAUUGGUGCGUUACAAAUAGGAACAAGUUCGAUUGUCGACGAGAAAACACAUGAACCUAUUCUCUCUAUUCUCACAUCAAUCGUGGAAACGGUAGCAAAGCUGCGAAAAGAUGGUCAUCGAGUCGUUCUAGUCUCGUCGGGUGCAGUCGGUGUUGGUCUGCGAAGAAUGGAUGUCGACGACAGACCAACCUAUCUGCCUCGAAUACAGGCACUUGCUGCUGUUGGUCAGUGCCGACUCAUGAGUCUCUGGGAUAACCUCUUCUCUCAUCUUCGAGUCCCUGUUGCUCAGAUUCUUCUGACGAGAAAUGACAUUGCCGAUAAGAACACACAAUACGUCAAUGCCCAGAAUACGUUUGAGCAACUGUUUGAUAUGGGUGUGAUUCCUAUUGUCAACGAAAACGAUACCCUGGCUGUUUCCGAAAUCAAAUUUGGCGACAACGAUACCCUUUCCGCAAUCACUGCGGCCAUGGUCAAGGCCGAUUACCUGUUCUUGAUGACCGAUGUAGACUGCCUAUACACGGCUAAUCCGCGUAGCGAUCCCGACGCUCAGCCGAUUGAAGUCGUUUCUGAUAUUUCAACCUUGGAGGCUGAUGUUUCAUCCGCCGGUUCAGCUCUGGGCACCGGGGGUAUGAGCACCAAGAUUGUGGCUGCAAAGCUUGGCACCAGUGCCGGUGUGACGACUAUUAUCACCAAAAGCUCAAAGCCCGGGAAUGUUCAUGAGAUUGUCAAGUAUCUACAGACACUUCAAAAUUUCGGGAACGAUGACGCUGCGACUAUCGCCAAUCUACCGAAACCCCCUCUCCACACUCGAUUCCUGCCCUCUGACGCCCCAAUCCAGUCUCGAACAUUCUGGUUACUCCACGGACUGACACCCCAUGGCUCUUUAUACAUUGACCAGGGCGCCUACGAGGCACUCCUUAAUAAGGCGAGUCUUCUCCCUGCUGGGGUACUUGGAGUCGAGGGUCAUUUCGGACAACAAGAAGCUGUACGCUUAAUUGUUGUGGAUCGGCCCUCUCCCGAUGCUCUGAAUGGGGAUUUCCCUCACCACGCCCAGGAACCUAAGGAAGUGGGUAGAGCGAUUGUGAAUUAUGGAAGUAUCGAGAUCGCACAUAUCAAGGGCCAUCGCAGCACGCAGAUUGAGGCAUUGCUUGGUUAUGCGGAUAGCGAUUAUGUGGCACUGCGGGACAAUAUCUCGUUUCACCCUGAAGAUCGGCACAACCACCCAGUGACUGCAGCAUUAAUCCCAGCUCUGGAGGAGUGGAAGUCUCCCCAAACAUCACCAUGA